UGCGGACAGACCGUCAGAAACAGGAGAUAACCGAGAGGAAGGAGCGAUUCUCCGGCUACCGACGGCCAGCCACACCGGGAAGGGAAGAAAGAGUGGAGGAAACCUGUCCGUGUUUCUAACAGAAAGAAAGCAUCACCGUGGAGGGGAACCGAGUCGGUGAUAUAUAUAUAUAUAUAUGUAUGCAUGAGAAGGAAAUACUCCAAAUCCAAGGAAGGGGGUGUUUUGCGGAGCGGAGACAGAGAGGAGAGGCGGAAGAGCGCAAUAUAUCUUAUUAUAAGGAGGAAAAAAAACUGCGAAAAAAGGGAAAACAUGAAAAUUCACUAUGUGUCCGUCGCGGAGGAAGGAAAGAGUCCGCAUAGACAAUUAUAUAAAUAAAUUGCUGCCGGGCAGAAGGGAGAGGUGGAAAGAAAGACGGGUUUAAAGAGAAGGGGGAAAAUUGCCAGGAUCAACACGAAGGGGGGGCAUUUCUCCAUCACAAAGAGUCAAUGAGAGGAUUUUUUUGUCAGUGCAAAAUAUUUUAAAGCUUGGUGUUAACACCGAUCUGGAUCUUUCCGCUUCCGAAAUAGCCAUAUAUAUUUUUUUUUUUGCUACCAAUCGUCAUUUUUUAAAUUCACAUUUUCGCCUGUCGCCCUCGCUGUGCUCCGGUUUAUUUUUUCUCUUCACUUGCAUCCUAUAAAGCAGUGACUGACAGCUAUUUGUUGGGGAAUAUUUCUCUUUUUUUUUAUUUCAAGUGCUAAAAACCAAGGGAAACUCUUGUGGAGCACAAGAUAAGUAACCUCUGCAAAAAUAAAAAAACUAAUUGGAUCAAUCUGACUGCCCGUUGAUUGCCAAUUAGACGCUGUGAUUGCCCCCAAGAAGUCCAAGAACUACAUUCUGCAUCAGGAUCGAUUGCACGGUGCUUUUUCUGACAAGAUUUUCUAUUUUGUCAACCCUGCUGCUCUGCAAGAGGAAAAAUCGCGCAAAAAAGGGGGUUGCAACAACCAAACGUGCAAUACGAGUUCCUGACCCAGUGCCUUGCGUGGUCAAACACUAAGUGCACAUUUUUUCGUCAGCAUGCACAUGCAAAAGAAAAGUCAUGCAUGGACAUCUGCUAUUAUUCUCCUAUCUGAGUAACUGCAAGUGUGGGACCUUCUUUCUGCAGAACUGAUAGAGCAUUUAUUCAGUUUCUGUUAAGCCAAUGCAAGUUUCUCAGUAUUGCAAUUGAGAGGACUUCUUUAAACUGUAUUAGAGAGAUACUUCUGGUGUUCUCCACAGCCUUUUAACUCUGCAACAUUAAGUGGAAUGUCUAGUCAGGUGAAAGCAACCGUGGAUCUUAUAACUGUUGCAUGAGGAAAACGACCUGCAGAACUUAACACUCCUGGUUUGUGCUUUUUGGAUCUUGCUUAUCUUUUUUUGUGCCCUGGUCGAGACUCCCCAUUUCAGAGCUGAAAUUACAGGCUUUUUCCGGCCGACUAUGGCGGAAAGGACUGAAAGCAGCACGGGGGACGGAUCUUGGGACAGUUUGUGUGUCGCAGAAGAGGCUACAUGAGGUUGUCAGAGGGGCCACACACGCUUGCCUUUUUCGACGACUCCACCUUCCCACCUCCUCCUGUUGAAAUCAGUGAAGAAACAGAAUCUCCGAAAGGGGAGGGGGACUGAUAUCUGCAGAGAGGAAUAAACCGAGAGGGUGAGGAAAGAGUUCAACAUUACUCUCUUCUCCCCUACCGUCCCCCCAAGCGGUGGGGGAACGACCAUUUCUUAAAGGGAAAAGGAGACGCAAAUAAAAGGAAAUACGUUUGCCCCUCCGUGGAUCUACAGCUUUUUUUUUUUUUAUUCGACAAAAAUAUGGCCGAUAAUGUCCUGGAGUCCGGCCCGCCUUCAGCCAAGAGGCCUAAGCUGUCCUCUCCAGCUCUCUCCGUGUCUGCCAGUGAUGGAAACGAUUUCGGUUCACUUUUCGACCUGGAGCACGACCUCCCAGACGAGCUCAUCAAUUCCUCGGACUUGGGGCUGACAAACGGAGGGGAUGUCAGUCAACUCCACACCAGCCUCGGCAGCCUCGGAGGUGGACUGGGUUUGGGCGGCCAUGAUGCUGCUGCCAAACACAAACAGCUGUCGGAGCUGCUGCGUGCAGGAGCACCUGCACAGCAGGGGGGGCCCACAUCCAACAGCACAGGACCCGGGGCUUCCAUGGGGAUGAUGGGGGGUGUCUCCCCUGGUGGACCUCAAGGCAUGCCCUCCCAGGGACAGCAACAGCAGCCUGGAUUAAUGCAGCAGGUUGGGAUGGGUGGAGGGGUGGCAGCCCUCAAUCGGGCAGCUGCCAUGAUGAAUGCCCAUAAGGGCAACACUGGACAGCAGCAGCAAGGCCUGAUGGGGGGGCAGGUGAUGAAUGGCUCGCCAAGAAUUGGUUACCCUGGCAAUGGAGGCAUGGGUAACAAUAGUAAUUUGUUGGCGGAAACCCUGCAGCAGCAGGGCGGGCAACAAAUGGGACCCGGGGGUCAGGCAGGGAUGAGACAACAGCAACCCGGAGCAUUGAACAAGAUGAGUAUGAUGGCCAAUGCGGGCCCCUAUGGCGGUCCGUACGGCCAGGCUGGCCAGGGGCUUCCUGGAGCAGGGCUGGGCCCUCAGCUCCAGAGUAAGGCGGGGAUGCCAAACAAUAUGGCCGCCCAGUUCAACAUGGACAAGAAGGCGCCGCCGGGUCAAGGCAUGCCUGGGAUGGCGUCUCAGCAGUCCGGAGCAGUGGGUGGUGUAUCCGUUGGCGGAGCAGCAGCGGUGGGAGGCCCCCAGGUUGGACUCAGUGCCGUUGGGGCCGGUCCCGGCUCAGCGCCCCCAACCGCAGACCCCGAAAAACGGAAGCUGAUCCAACAGCAGCUGGUCCUCCUGCUCCACGCGCACAAGUGCCAGCGCAGGGAGCAGGCCAACGGGGAAGUGAGGCAGUGCAACCUGCCCCACUGCCGCACCAUGAAGAACGUGCUCAACCACAUGACUCACUGCCAGGCUGGCAAGUCCUGCCAGGUGGCUCACUGUGCCUCAUCCAGACAGAUCAUCUCUCAUUGGAAGAAUUGCACACGACACGACUGUCCUGUUUGCCUGCCGCUGAAAAACGCCGGAGACAAGAGGAAUCAGCAGUCUCUUGUAAACAGUGCAGGGGUGGGUCUCGCGAAUGCUUUAGGUUCAGGGGUUCCCGGUGGACAGUCCAACACUCCCAGCCUGAACCCCCCCAACCAGAUCGACCCCAGCUCCAUAGAGAGAGCCUACGCUGCCCUCGGCCUCACGUACCAGGGGAACCAGAUCCCUCAGGGGGCGUCGCAGGGCAGCAUGUCCAACCAGGGCCAGUCGGGGAUGAGGAGUCUCAACGCCAUGGUUGGAAACUCUAUGGGAGUGAACGGUGGAGUGGGGGUGCAAUCCCCCAACCAGCAGUCCAGUCUCCUGCCAAACUCCCUGCUGCACGGCAACAUGAAUGCACAGAGUUUGAUGAGCGAUAGCUUGGCGACCCUGAGCUCGAUGCCCAUGGCGACUCCCCCCUCUGCUCCUGGCAUGAGGAAGUCGUGGCAUGAAGACAUCACACAGGACCUCCGGAACCACCUCGUCCAUAAGCUUGUGCAGGCAAUCUUCCCCACUCCUGAUCCGGCCGCCCUGAAGGACCGGCGGAUGGAGAACCUGGUGGCGUACGCUCGGAAAGUUGAGGGGGACAUGUACGAGUCAGCCAACAGCAGGGCGGAGUACUACCAUCUGCUGGCAGAGAAAAUCUACAAGAUCCAAAAAGAGUUGGAGGAGAAGAGGAGGACGAGACUCCAGAAGCAGGGCAUGAUGCCCGGCAUCCCCUCCCCUGGCCUCCCACAGGUGCCCCCCAGCCUGGGACAGCCCCCCAGCAUGGGACAGCCCCCCCUUAUGGCUCCUGGGCAAUCUCCAAAUGGUCCUCACGCUGAUCCAUCCAUGGUCCGACCAGCUGGACCCAAUCAGAUGGUCAACAGGAUCCAGAGCCCGGGAGGAAUGAACCAGUUUGGUGGUCAGAUUGGGAUGCAGUCGAUGGGUCAGAGGUCUCCUCUGCAUGCUCCAAUGAACCAGAUGGGUAUGGGAGCUCCGCGCAUGGGUCAGCCCAACGCCUCACAGAUACAGAACCAGUAUCUCCCCCCGGGUCAGUUCCCCGGCUCCAGCCCUGGACACGGCUCCGGCCCGGCUGGCAUGAACCAGCAGGGAGCUCAGACUGCAGUGCCACAGCAGAACCAGAUGUCCACGCCACCCUCCCUCCCGGCCAGCAGCCCUGCAGCUCAGUCUGCCUCCUCUGCUCCGGGCUCCGCGGCCCCCGCAGGCUCCAUGGGAUCCGGUAGUGCCACCCCCAACCAGCCCACCUCCUACCCUCACUGCCCCCCCAUCCGAACAAACUCCCCGUCGCCGGCACGCAGCUUAACGCCUCAACCGCAUCAAACGCCCCCCACGUUACCUCGCUCUCAGACGCCGCAGCCACAGACUCCCAGCACACCGCAGCAGCAACAACAACAACAACAACAACAACAGUUGCAACAGCACCAACAGCAACAACACCAACAACAGCAGCAGCAGCAACAACAACAACACCAACAACAGCAGCAGCAGCAGCAGCAACAACAACAACAACAACAGCAUCAACAGCAGCAACAACAACAACAACAACAUCAUCAACAGCAGCAGCAGCAGCAACAGCCAACGGGCAACUCUGUGAGCUCCGAGAAAGCCAAUCAGAUUCAACAACAGGGGGGUCCGGCUUCCUCAGGACCUCCAUCAGGUCAACCUGCUUCGGUGCCUACCCAGAAUGCACAUGUGCCAAUGCAGCGUCCUCAGACCCCGCUCUCUCCAAAGCCUUCUCUGACCGCAGACAGUCAGGUCUCCACUCCGGGCUCGGUCAGCAGCAGCGCCGACACCAGCUCUCAGCUCACCCUGAACGAGGGCUCCGCUCCCAGCCAGGAAGAAGUGAAGAUGGAGGUGAAGAAGCAGCAGGAGGAGGACGACGAGGGGGCCGACACUGAAGGAGAGGGCAAGGGGAAGAUGGGGAAGGGUCAACGAGACAUAAAAGAGGAAAAACCAGAGAUAAAGAAAGAGAAGACGUCCGGAGACGGGUGUAAAGGCGAGCCCAUGGACACGUCUUCAUUCUCGGCCUCAUCGACACCAUCGACGGGCGAGGACAAGAAGCCGGAGGUGAAAAAGGAGCCCAAAGAGGAGGAGGAUGCUUCAAACAGCGGCUCCCCAGCCAGCGAGAAGAGCAAGAAGAAAAUCUUCAAGCCGGAGGAGCUGCGUCAGGCUCUGAUGCCCACCCUGGAGGCUCUGUACCGGCAGGACCCCGAGUCCCUGCCCUUCCGCCAGCCGGUGGACCCCCAGUUACUGGGAAUACCCGUACGUAUUCGAACUAGUAACAAAACUAACCUGCAGGACUACUUUGACAUCGUGAAAAACCCCAUGGACCUGUCGACCAUCAAAAGGAAGCUGGACACGGGACAGUACCAGGAGCCGUGGCAGUACGUGGACGACAUCUGGCUGAUGUUCAACAACGCCUGGCUGUACAACCGCAAGACGUCGCGCGUCUACAAGUACUGCUCCAAGCUGGCCGAGGUGUUCGAGUCCGAGAUCGACCCCGUCAUGCAGGGCCUCGGGUACUGCUGUGGGAGGAAGUUUGAGUUUUCCCCCCAAACUCUGUGCUGCUACGGAAAACAGUUAUGUACCAUCCAACGAGACGCUGCUUAUUUCAGCUACCAGAACAGUUCACCAAAAUAUGGGCUUCUUGCUGACAGGUACCACUUCUGUGAGAAGUGUUUCAACGAAAUCCAGAGCGAGACCGUUUCCCUGGGGGACGACCCCUCCCAGCCUCAGACCACCAUCAGCAAAGAGCAAUUCCAGCGAAAGAAGAACGACACACUCGACCCCGAGUUACUUGUGGAAUGUAUUGACUGUGGUCGUAAAAUGCACCAGAUCUGCGUGCUGCAUCAUGAUACCAUAUGGCCUUUGGGUUUCACAUGCGACAACUGCCUGAAAGCGGCCAACAAGACGCGGAAAGAGAACAAAUACGCGGCCAAAAGGCUUCCUCAGACUAAGCUGGGGAACUAUCUGGAGACGCGAGUGAACGACUACAUCAGGAAGCAGAACCUCCCCGAGUCCGGAGACGUCACCAUCCGGGUCGUCCACGUGUCGGACAAAGUGACCGAGGUCAAGCCGGGCAUGAAGUCCAGGUUUGUGGACAGCGGGGAGAUGUGCGCCUCCUUCCCAUACAGGAUGAAAGCCCUGUUUGCAUUCGAGGACAUCGACGGAGCAGACGUGUGUUUUUUCGGGAUGCACGUCCAGGAGUACGGCUCCGACUGCCCGCCCCCCAACCAGAGGCGAGUGUACAUCUCCUACCUGGACAGCGUGCACUUCUUCCAACCGCGACUCAUCAGAACGAAUGUCUACCACGAGAUCCUGCUGGGAUACCUGGAGUACGUCCGGAGGAUCGGGUACACGACGGGUCACAUCUGGGCCUGUCCGCCCAGUGAAGGCGACGACUACAUCUUCCACUGUCACCCCGCCGACCAGAAGAUCCCCAAGCCAAAACGGCUGCAGGAGUGGUACCGGAAGAUGCUGGACAGAGCUGUGUCUGAGCGCAUCGUUCACGACUACAAGGACGUCUUCAAGCAGGCGACAGAGGACCGGCUGACGAGCGCUAAAGAGCUUCCGUACUUCGAGGGAGACUUCUGGCCCAACGUCCUGGAGGAGAGCAUCAAGGAGCUGGAGCAGGAGGAGGAGGAGAGGAAGAGGGAGGAGAACAGCACCUCCAACGAGUGCACAGACGUGACGAAAGCAGACAGCAAGAAUGCCAAAAAGAAGAACAAUAAGAAGACGAGCAAGAACAAGAGCAGCCUGAGCCGAGCCAACAAGAAGAAACCGGGGAUGCCCAACGUCUCCAACGACCUCUCCCAGAAACUCUACGCCACCAUGGAAAAACAUAAGGAGGUCUUCUUUGUGAUCCGUCUCACCGCCGCCAACUCGCUGCCCCCCAUCUCGGACCCAGACCCCCUGAUGGCCUGCGACUUGAUGGACGGCCGAGAUGCCUUCCUGACUCUGGCCCGGGACAAACAUCUGGAGUUCAGCUCCCUGCGCCGGUCCAAGUGGAGCUCCAUGUGCAUGCUGGUGGAGCUGCACAACCAGAGCCAGGACCGCUUCGUCUACACCUGCAACGAGUGCAAGCACCACGUGGAGACCCGCUUCCACUGCACCGUCUGCGAGGACUACGACCUCUGCAUCACCUGCUACCACGCCAAAGGUCACGAGCACAAGAUGGACAAGCUGGGUCUGGGUCUGGACGACGACAGCAACAACGCGUCGGCAGCAGCCACCCAGAGCCCCGGAGACUCGCGCCGCCUCAGCAUCCAGCGCUGCAUCCAGUCGCUGGUGCACGCCUGCCAGUGCCGCAACGCCAACUGCUCGCUGCCGUCCUGCCAGAAGAUGAAGCGCGUGGUGCAGCACACCAAGGGCUGCAAGAGGAAGACCAACGGGGGCUGCCCCAUCUGCAAGCAGCUG